AUGGAUGUCAACAAAGCCAUGGAGCACGAAAGAAUUGAAAAUGUCGAGGCCAUGCCAGAUAAAGGGCCAAGCGCCUAUAUUUCAUGGGUCAACAUUGCUCGAACACUUGCUUUGUCGUUUACCUACACAAUCCUCGGUCGUCUGUCAGAUCUCUUCGGUCGGCGCUGGUUCUUCAUUGGUGGCAAUUGUGUCGCACUUAUCGGCAUCAUUGUGUGCGCCACUGCCCAGAAUGUGAAUUCUUUGAUCAUUGGAAGCGCUAUUUAUGGGUUGGGAGAGACAGUUCAACUGAGCUUCAAUGUUGCUAUUGGCGAGCUUGUUCCUAACAAGUACCGACCAAUGGUUCUGAGCUUUAUAUUUGCAACAAACGCACCGUUUGCCACAUUCGGACCAAUCAUGGCCCGGAAGCUCAUUCAGCAUUCCAACCUUGGGUGGAGGUGGACAUACUAUAUCAACAUCAUUGCCGUUGGAUUGGCUAUCAUUUUGCUAUUCUUCUUUUAUCAUCCGCCCACAUUUGAGCUCCUUCACGAGAGAAAGACCAAGCGACAACUGCUGAAGCAGCUGGACUCUGUGAUUUCCACUCUUGUUAUUGGUGCCGUCUUGCUCAUCGUGCUCUUCACCUGGGAAGCAUUCGCCAACUUGGCCUACCCAGCUAUCCCGGUCAAGUUUUUCGCCAAUCGCGGGUUCAUGGCCCUCGUCUGCUGCGCUACUGUUGCUAGUGUCCAGGCACUGUUCACCAAGGAUGUCACCUAUGCUGGCUGGCUUUCGACUACCGUGGGCAGUUCAACAGCCCUCGGACAAAUCUGCGCCGGCGCUAUCGUCAAAUGGGGCGGAAAUGUGCGAUAUUGGAUUAUCUUCAGCACCUUUGCAAUGGUAGGGUUUGUCGGUGCACUGGCAUCACUAACCCCGGACACAAAGACGACGGGUAUUGCACUCACAAUCCUCGGCCCAUUCUUCGUCGGGUUCAUUGAGCUUGCCUCACUCGCCCUGGCGCCUCUGUUCUGCAAGCCUUCUGAUAUUGGUCUUGCAUCCGGCUUGCUUGCCUCAAUUCGAUCGGCCGGAGGAUCGAUCGCAGUUGCUGUGUACUCUACGAUUUUAUCGAACCGCCUAGCAAGCACACUACCCGCCAACAUUGGGCCAGUUGCAAUUGCUGCAGGACUUCCCGCCGACCAGGUCCCAGCCCUUGUGGCGGCAGCGAAAGCGGGCAAGCUAGCAAUGUUCCCCGGAAUCACCGACGCCAUCACUGCGGCCGUGACACGCGUGAUGCCGCUUGCAUAUUCUCAAGCAUUCAAGACAGUCUACCUGGCCAGCUUGGGUUUUGGUGGCAUCGCGAUUGUCGGAUGCUUGUUUUCGAAGGACGCGGCAAAGUUUCUGACGAGCACUGUCGAGAGAAAGAUGACAAAUACAGGAAAAGACGUCGCCUUGAAGAAGGCUGAUACGGAUGUGUAA